UUGAGCGCGUCAAGCAUUUGUUUGCAUUAAGACAGCAAUCAAUAACAAUCUUCUGUCGGUAAAAGACUCCAAUUCAAAGUUUUUUUUUCUUUGUUAUUCUCAGAAAUUUGUUGAAUAUUUGAUUGAAAAGCGUCCAAGACGACUAUUUAUUACAUCAAUAUCGAAUACAAACCAAAAGCAAUUGUAUUGAACGAGAGAAAUAUCGAAAAAUGGGACGAAGAAAGGCAAAGAAUAAGCCACCACCAAAGCGAAAGGCCAUUCAACCAUUAGAUACACAAUUUAACUGUCCAUUUUGCAAUCACGAAAAAUCCUGCGAGGUGAAAAUGGAUAAAAGUCGAAAUUCGGCGCGAAUAUGCUGUCGUGUGUGUUCGGAAGAGUAUCAGACGGAAAUCAACUUUUUAUCGGAACCAAUCGAUGUGUACAACUGUUGGGUCGACGCUUGCGAAAACGCCAAUUGAUCAUCUAUCACACUCAUAAACGUUCCGGAUUGUUUUUUCUUCUUCUUGAUAUGAUAUCCAUUACAGAGAAAACCCCACUUAUUUAGUUUAAAUUAAAUGUAAAGCAUUUCAGAAUCAGCUAGGAAAAACAGUGACAAAAAAAUUGAAAACAAAAGCCAUGUGGACAUAAUAUUUAGACUUGAUUUUAUUUCGAUCUUUGAUAUCUCAAUAAAUAAAUAUUACAAAUACGAAUGACGACGA